UUGUCUCUGUGUUUGAAGAUCCGGCGUUACAAAGCGAACAAGGAUGUGAUGGAGAAGGCAGCCGAAGUGUACACAUGCCUGAAGUCCCGUGUCCUAGGGCCCAAAGUGGGGGCGAACCAGAAGGUCAACCGGACCGACUCGGAGAAGGACAAAGCUGAAGAGGACAAAGACAAGGAGAAAUUGCCAGAAGGGGAAAGGCAGGAGGAGAGGAGAGAAGAGACAAAUGCUGAUCUCCCAGCCCCUGUGAAUGGUGAAUCAGCGGCCCAGAAAGGGGAGGCCAUAGCAGAGAACAAGGACAGGGACGACGACUGGACUUCUGGAGACACCAAGAGAGGGGCAUCUCCCGAAAACACCCACAACGAAGCGCGUGACUAUCCCAAGACGGAAGGGGCAGAGCGGGAGAGGAUUCCCCCAGAGUCGGACUCAGAGGAUGAGGACGAUGACAGCUGAGGGCCAACGAAAAGAAGCCCCUGCGGGGAAGCAGCGAUAAUGGUGACAGCACCCGGGGGUGUCCCAGCAUUGCCACCCCUGCAGGCCUGGCCUCUGCCGCUGUGCCCUGUGUUUCAGAGAUGUUUUCCAAGCCACGCAGUAGAUGACAUUUCUAGGUCAUGGUCCUUCCUCCCUGCUCUCUCUCCUCUUCCUUGCCAUCCCCUCCGUCCCUUAUCCUCUAUCGCUCUCCAGAGAACGACCAUCUCCUGGGGGCCAUCCUAUGCCGUUGCACGUUUGUAUUGGUCCCGUUUAUUUCUUUCCCCCCAUUUCCCCCCUUCCCUUUUGCCUUUGCCCCUUGUGAUUUCAAACAGACAUGAAAUGAAUAUAUAAAGGGUUGUUUUUUUAAUGAAAAAAAGAGGCCAUUUAUCUUUGUCGAACUUUGUUUCCUCGAUUUUUUUUUCUCUUUCUCUUUCUGUCUCUGUUGGGCAAGGAAGGAGAAGAGUGCAGAAAGGCUUUCGUUUACCAAAAGCCCAGUUUAGGCCAGGAAGGGGCAAACAACUUAAGUACCAGAUUUGUGGUGUCAAGCAAAUAGAUCACCAGUUAAAGCGUGUGACAUCAAACAUGUAGAACAAAAGGGAUUUUUGAGCAAGGAGGGAGGAUAAAAUCAACACAUUGAUGAAAAA